CGUGCCCCGCUCCAUCGCCCAGCCAUGCUGCGCUGCUUGCUCCAACGAGCCAGCCACCUCCCCAACUUGGAGAAGGGGGACAAGCAAAGCGACCCGGUGGCCAGCCUGACUUUCCGAGGGGUAAAGAAGAGGACUAAAGUCAUCAAGAACAACGUGAACCCUGUAUGGAACGAGGGCUUCGAGUGGGACCUGAAGGGAGCUCCCCUGGACCCAGGCGCUGAGCUCACUGUCGUCGUGAAAGACCAUGAGACUGUGGGGAGAAACAGGUUUUUGGGAGAAGCCCGAGUGCCACUGCGAGAUGUCCUCUCCUCCCCCAGCCUGGCAGCCUCCUACAACCUCCCCUUGCUGGACAACAAGAAGCAGACCACCGGGGCUUUCCUCAUCCUGCAAGUAUCCUACAUCCCCCCACCGGGAGCCGUCCCUCUGUUCCCCCCUCCAGCCCCUCCGGAGCCAGCACCAGCUGCUGCUGAGCCUGACACAGUCACCGGUAAACAGAACCCUUCGUCUGCAGCACUGGGGAGGGAUGCUUUCCCUGAGACAGCCGGAGAGGAGGAGACGGAGGAUCAGAUGGCGACAGGGGAUGAAACGGAGCCCUCCUCCUCCUCCGGGCCACCGGGAUCCGAGCCCCCCUCGCUGCCCCGCAAGCCCCCCGUACACCACGUUCAGGGGUUGAAGCGAAGGAGGAGCUCACCCAAAAAGCCUUUAUCCAACAAGCCGCAGGACUUCCAGAUCAGGGUCAGGGUGAUCGAGGCCCGGCAGCUCCCUGGGGUCAACAUCAGGCCUGUGGUGAAGGUGACGGCCGCCGGGCAGACCAAGAGGACCAGGAUACGCAAAGGAAACAGCCCAUUCUUUGAUGAGACCUUCUUCUUCAAUGUCUUUGAGUCCCCAUCCGAGUUGUUCGACGCGCCCAUCUUCAUCACGGUUGUAGACUCUCGGUCUUUCCGGACGGACUCAGUGAUCGGGGAGUUUCGGAUGGAUGUUGAGACCAUUUACUCCGAGCCAAAACACGCUUUACUCAGAAAAUGGCUGUUGCUCUCUGACCCGGAGGACUUCUCCGCGGGUGCCAAGGGCUAUCUGAAAGUCAGCCUGUUCGUGCUGGGGCCUGGAGAUGAAGCUCCUCUGGAGAAGAAGGAGGUCUCUGAAGACAAGGAAGACAUCGAGGGCAACCUCCUGCGCCCCACUGGGGUAUCCCUGAGAGGGGCUCUUUUCUGCCUGAAAAUCUUCAAAGCUGAAGACUUGCCCCAGAUGGAUGAUGCUGUCAUGGACAACGUCAGGCAGAUCUUUGGCUUCGAGAGCAACAAGAAGAACCUGGUCGAUCCCUUUGUGGAAGUCAGCUUUGCGGGCAAGAUGCUCUACUCGAGGAUCCUGGAAAAGAAUGCCAACCCACAGUGGAACCAGUGCCUGACGCUGCCGGCAAUGUUCCCUUCCAUGUGUGAGAAGAUGAGGAUCCGCGUGACCGACUGGGACCGUGUGACGCACAACGAUGUCAUCGGCACCACCUACCUCUGCAUGUCCAAGAUCUCGGCCCCCGGCGGAGAGCUGGAGGAUGAGUUUCCUGCUCUUGCGAAGCCUCUGAAAACCACAGACUCGGAUGAUGGGCUUGGGUUCCUGCCAACCUUUGGUCCCUGCUAUAUCAACCUCUACGGCAGCCCCCGGGAGUUCACCGGCUUCCCCGACCCUUACGAGACACUUAAUUUGGGAAAGGGCGAGGGAGUCGCGUAUCGCGGCAGGAUGCUGGUGGAGCUGGAAACCAAACUGGUGGAGCACAUGGAGCAGAAGGUGGAGGACAUUUCCGCAGAUGACAUCCUGCGGGUGGAGAAGUACCUGCGCCGUCGGAAAUACUCCCUCUUUGCUGCCUUUUACUCAGCCACCAUGCUCCAAGAUGUGGACGAUGCCAUCCAGUUUGAGGUCAGCAUUGGCAACUAUGGUAACAAAUUUGACAACACCUGCCUGCCCUUGGCCUCCACCACGCAGUACAGCCGGGCCGUCUUUGAUGGUUGUCAGUAUUACUACCUGCCAUGGGGCAAUGUGAAGCCUGUGGUGGUGUUGUCAUCCUAUUGGGAAGAUAUCAGCUAUCGGACUGAUGCCCAAAACCUUCUCCACUAUGCAGCAGACAGGCUGGAAGAAAACCUGGAGAAGAUACACCUUGCUCUCAAGGCCAACCGCUCACCAAGUGAACUGGAUGUCCUGGGUACCCAGCUGAUGGAUGACAUCAUUGCUGACUGCAGCGUGACCCUGCCCGAUGUCCUGGGGAAGCCGGCCAGCACCCACCUGGACCAGAACAUGUACCGGUUUCGCAGCACCAACCUGGAGCAGAUAGUGAAGGCAGCUCUGAAGCUCAAGCAUGAGGACUCGAGCCUGUCAGCAGCCCUGGAACAGGCAGAGGACUGGCUCUCCAGGCUGAAGGCCAUGGCAGAGGAGCCCCAAAACAGCCUGCCCGAUAUAGUGAUCUGGAUGCUGCAGGGAGAUAAGCGUGUAGCAUACGCACGUGUGCCAGCCCACGAGGUCCUCUUCUCCAGGAACAUCUCCAACUGCUGUGGCAAGAACUGUGGGAAGCUGCAGACCAUCUUCCUGAAGUACCCCCAGGAGGAGGCGAUGGGUCCCAAGAUCCCAGCCCAGAUCCGGGUCCAGCUCUGGUUCGGGCUGUCGGUCGACGAGAAGGAGUUUAACCAGUACGCCGAGGGAAAGCUCUCCGUCUUUGCCGAAACGUACGAGAACCAGACCAAGCUGGCACUGGUGGGGAACUGGGGCACUACUGGUCUGACCUACCCCAAAUACUCAGAUGUCACCGGCAAGAUCAAGCUGCCCAAGGACAGCUUCCGCCCCUCCACGGGCUGGACCUGGGCCGGUGACUGGUUCAUCUGCCCGGAGAAGACGUUGCUGCAUGACGUGGAUGCUGGGCACCUGAGCUUCGUGGAGGAGGUGUUUGAAAACCAGGUUCGGCUGCCUGGAGGCCAGUGGAUCCACAUGACUGAUGCCUACACCGACGUGAAUGGGGAGAAGGUCCUGCCUAAGGAUGAGAUUGAAUGUCCUCCGGGCUGGAAAUGGGAAGAUGUGGAGUGGGACACGGACCUUAACAGAGCUGUGGAUGAGAAAGGCUGGGAGUAUGGCAUCACCAUCCCACCGGACCGCAAGCCCAAGGCCUGGGUGCCAGCUGAGAAGAUGUACCACACCAACCGGCGACGGCGCUGGGUGCGGCUCCGCCGGAGGGACCUUGCACAGAUGGAGGCCAUGAGGAAGCACAAGCAGGAGGAGCUGGACGGGGAGGGCUGGGAGUACGCCUCGCUCUUCGGCUGGCGCUUCCACCUGAAGCAUCGCCGGACAGACACCUUCCGCCGCCGCCGAUGGAGGCGCAGGAUGGAGCCCCUGGAGCGCACCGGGGCCGCUGCUGUCUUCGCCUUGGAGGGAGCCCUGGGGGGAGUGACAGAUGACAAGAGUGAUGAUGGCAAAUCCGUCUCCACCCUCAGUUUUGGUGUCAACAGACCCACCAUUUCGUGCAUAUUUGACUGUGGGAACAGAUACCAUCUCCGCUGCUACAUGUACCAAGCUCGGGAUCUAAUCGCCAUGGAUAAGGACAGCUUUUCAGAUCCUUAUGCCAUUGUCUCCUUCCUCCACCAAAGCCAGAAGACGGUGGUGAUCAAGAACACUUUGAACCCCACCUGGGACCAGACACUUAUCUUCUAUGAGAUAGAGAUCUUUGGGGACCCCCAGAAUGUGUCUGACUCCCCUCCCAACAUUGUGGUGGAAAUAUAUGACCACGACACCUACGGUGCGGAUGAGUUCAUGGGGCGCUGCAUUUGCAAGCCCAGCCUGGUGCGCUCGCCACGGCUCUCCUGGCACCCCAUCAUCAAGGCCAACAGAAACGUGGGGGAGCUGCUGGCUGCCUUCGAGCUGAUUCAGAGGGAGAAGCCGGCUGUCCAUCACAUCCCUGGCUUUGAGAAUGAGCUAUCCUCCAGCCUGGAUGAGUCUGCAGACUCUGACUUGCCGUAUCCACCACCUCAGCGGGAGCCCAACAUUUACAUGGUCCCCCAAGGAAUCAAACCGGUCCUGCAGCGCACGGCCAUCGAGAUCCUGGCCUGGGGGCUGAGGAACCUCAAGAGCUACCAGCUGGCCAGCGUCACCUCGCCCAGCCUCCUGGUGGAGUGCGGAGGCCAGCUCGUGCAGUCCUGUGUCAUCAAGAACGUCAAGAAGAAUCCCAACUUUGAUGUCUGUGUGCUCUUCAUGGAAGUGCGUUUACCUAAGGAGAGCCUGUACAGUCCCCCCAUCAUUGUCAAAAUCAUUGACAACAGGCCAUUUGGCCGAAGGCCUGUGGUGGGGCAGUGCACCAUCCGCUCACUGGAGAACUUCUACUGUGACCCGUACCGAGAGGAGUCGGACAGUCCCCAGGAGCAUGCAGAUGAUGUAAGCCUCACGCCCAGGGACGAUGUCCUAAUUGACAUUGAUGACAAAGAGCCUCUUAUUCCUGUCCAGCUUGCGGACGGUAUGACCACCUCAGCAUUAAUUAACAUACCAGCUUCUUGGGCCCAGCCUCAUGAGGAAGAAUUCAUUGACUGGUGGAGCAAAUUCUAUGCUUCCACAGGAGAGAGGGAAAAAUGUGGCUGCUAUUUAGAGAAGGGCUUUGACACGCUGAAGGUCUACGAGACAGAGCUGGAGAAUGUGGAGGAUUUCGAGCAUCUCUCUGACUUCUGCCACACCUUCAAGCUGUAUCGUGGCCGGUUGCAGGACUCAAAUGAUGACCCCUCCGUUGUUGGCGAGUUCAAGGGUUCGUUCAAAAUUUACCCUCUCCCAGAUGACCCACGAGUCCCAGUGCCACCUCGGCAGUUCCACCAGCUACCGGCCAGAGGACCCCAGGAGUGUCUCGUCAGGGUCUACAUCAUCCGGGCCUUUGGUCUCCAGCCCAAGGACGCCAAUGGAAAGUGUGAUCCCUAUGUGAAGAUUUCAGUGGGAAAGAAAUCCAUAAAUGACCAAGAAAAUUACCUUCCCUGUACGCUGGACCCUGUCUUUGGAAAGAUGUUCGAGCUGAGCUGCACUCUGCCCCUGGAGAAAGAUUUGAAGAUUACGCUCUAUGACUACGACCUACUGUCGAAGGAUGAAAAGAUUGGGGAGACCAUCAUAGACCUGGAGAACCGUUUCCUGUCAAAAUAUGGGGCUCGCUGUGGCCUCCCCCAAACUUACUGCGUGUCUGGACCCAACCAGUGGCGAGACCAACUCCGUCCUUCCCAGCUGCUUCACCUCUUCUCCCUGCAGCACAACUACAAGGCUCCCAGCUACAAGUCCGACCGGGUCAUCUUCAGGGAGCAAGAGUACAUCCUCUCUGAACUGGAGGAUGGGAAACCCCUCAACCCCCACCUGGGGCCAGUGGAGGAGCGCCUCGCCCUUUACGUGCUGCGGAAGCAAGGGCUGGUGCCGGAGCACGUGGAGACAAGGCGUCUCUACAGCCCUCUCCAGCCAGAAAUCGAGCAGGGAAAGCUACAGAUGUGGGUGGACCUUUUUCCAAAAUCUCUGGGACAGCCUGGCCCCCCUUUCAACAUCACACCACGCAAAGCCAAGAGGUUCUUCUUGCGCUGCAUCAUCUGGAACACCAAGGAUGUCAUCCUUGAUGACCUCAGCAUCACGGGGGAGAAGAUGAGUGACAUCUACGUCAAAGGCUGGCUGAUCGGCCAUGAGGAGAACAAGCAGAAGACAGAUGUGCACUACAGGUCUAUGGGAGGAGAGGGCAAUUUCAACUGGAGAUUCAUCUUCCCCUUUGACUAUCUUCCCGCUGAGCAAAUGUGUUACAUCGCAAAAAAGGAGCACUUCUGGAGCUUGGACAAGACAGAAAAUAAGAUUCCACCACAGCUUAUCUUCCAGAUCUGGGACAAUGACAAGUUCUCUUUCGAUGACUAUUUGGGCUCCAUUCAGAUGGAUCUUAACAGGAUGCCCAAACCUGCCAAGACUGCUGAGAAGUGCUCCUUAGAGCUAGUAGAUGACACCUUGUCUUCAAGUCGCUUUGUAUCACUCUUUGAGCAGAAAACUGUCAAGGGAUGGUGGCCUUGUGUUGCUGAGCAGGAUCAAAAGAAGAUCCUGGCGGGCAAAUUGGAAAUGACUUUGGAAAUUGUGGCAGAACAAGAGCAUGAAGAGCGGCCAGCUGGCAUGGGUCGGGAUGAGCCAAAUAUGAACCCCAAGCUGGAGGACCCCAAGCGCCCAGAGACCUCCUUCCUGUGGUUCACCUCCCCGUACAAGACCCUGAAGUAUAUCCUGUGGCGGCGGUACAAGUGGGUGGUUAUCCUGGCCAUCGUGCUCUUCAUUUUGCUGCUCUUCCUCGGAAUCUUCAUCUAUGCCUUCCCGAACUAUGCUGCUAUGAAACUGGUGAAACCUUUCAACUGAAGCUGUGCUGGAAGAUGCCACACAGGUCCAGUGCCUGCCUGAAGAUUUUGGAAAGAAGUUGUGGCUCUGCACUGGAUCACAUCCGCAGGUGGAGACGGAGAAGGAACAGCUUCCCUCAGGCCCUCGGCUGCUACAAAAAAUGAUGAUACAAUUUACCCUGAUGCAGUAUGCAGAGUCCCACCUACAGCACACACCUCAGAAGCAGCACGUAAAAAAUAGCAAUUCUGAAAUAUUUCUUAUUUUACUUCUUUGUCUGUUGUCUCCUUUUUUUUUUUUUUUUUUUUCUUGGUUAAGCUGCUCUGAUUUGUGGAGCUUGAAUACCAGUGCAAAACUGAAAAAGGUGGAGAAGAAAAGGACCUUUUCAUUUAUAGUCUGUGGGCACACAAAGAUGUUGCAGACCUUAGCAGAGAAGUUAUGGGCUGCUGGCAUAGGCAGCACGUGCAAGCCAAAAUCUCUCAGGUUCUGAGCACAAUUUUCUUUGCACUCUGAACAAGCCUCAGUUUUCCUUUGCUGUGCAAUGCAUGUUAUCUUGUUUAUAUAUCUCUACUGAAGAAGAAAUAUACUGCACAGCCUGAAACCAUGGGCUGAGAUGUUGCCUUUCCAAAGUGAGCAGAAACCAGAUACAGGACCCAGGGAAGAGGCUGAGAUGCAAAAACUGGGCAGGAGUUGGUGGUAAUUGCUAAAUCCCAAACCCCAUUGAAAUUUGCAUUCAUGAAUGACUGCACAAUCUGGCUUAUGUUUUUUGGACCUUGUUUUCCCUCUGAGCUGCUCUUUCACCUCUACAGUCCCACGUGCCACCCUUCAAAACCAGUGCUGUUAGGGCAGACAAUGUAGAGCUGGGCUGAGCCCCUGCCCUAAGAACAAUGCCAGGAGCAAAGCAGUGCAGGUGGACUCUGCUUUUCUCCUCUCCUACUAUAUGCAACCCCUGCGGCCACAGUUCAGUGAAUUAGCCUUUCUUCUCUUGUGCUCCCAAACAUGCUUAAGCAAAACAGUAUGAACCAGAGUGCAGUGUAAGCUGUGAAACUCACUGCUGGUGGGAGCUGAUGAGGCAGAUAACCCGCACCUUUGGAAGUGGGCUGGUUUGUUUUCUGCUUGGCAAACAAAUUAUUGUGAGACGCAUCCCACAGGUCUUGCUCAGCCUCCUGAUGAGCAAAUGGCAGCUGUGACAGGACUGGGAUGGCAGUGUUGGGACAUUUCUGCUGUUUUUUAUUCCCUCCUGUUCUCCGUCUGUCUCUGUGCUGGUGCGAUUGGAUGGAGUGGUAUGGACUAAGGGGAUUUCUGGGGUUUUGUCGUGCUGGCUGAUGUCAUGAUGCUAAUCAAAACAGUCUCAAAUUUUCAUCCUGCAUCCACUCAUCCUGCAAGAAACCAUCUACCAGCAUAGGGCCAUUAAGCAUGAAAGCACAUGUCCCUUUGAGAGACAGCAGUCCUGCUGCUCUGGCACAGCAUGACUUUUGCUACAGUCCCUCUGACGAUAAAUAGGUCUUUCCCUGCUGCCCUUCAGCAGGAUGAGACAUGUCUUCCUCGGUUUCAUUUGUCCCCUGGAGCUGUUGCUUCUCAGCAUGACAUGUGAGAGCAAGUAGCAGUGAAAAGUGAUCCUGGGGGAUCAGAGGUUCUCAGGACAAACUGUGCUAAUGUAAGCUCCUGUCCUGCUCCAGCAAGGCACUUAAGCCUGUGCUUAGCAGAAAGCAGGGAAAAAAAGCACACGCCUAAUUGCUUUGCUGGAUUGGGAUGUAAUGCAUUGAGCAUUAAAUCCUUUAUUAUUCAGUACUGUAACAGCACCCAGACUGCACAGGGCAGCUCACUCCCAUGUGUGAAGACAGUGUCUUUGACAUGGAGAACAUGCAGCUAUAAAAACCCGUCCUUGCUGCUGAGGUUUGGCUGAUCCAGCAUCCCGUUCCCAAAAGCUUAAGCAGUGAAGUUGGCUCUGGACUUGCAUGCCCCAGGGUGGGUGUUUCAUUUUACCGGCACAGUUAAAUGCUUCAUUUUGCAUUUGUUCAGUUUUUUCCUAGAAGCCUCCCAGGCUCAUUUGCAUCCACACCCCCAUUUAUUAGCCACUAUCAAACUACCAGGUCUUGGUCAAAUUUUCUGUAAUGCUUUCUCCCUGAGGAUCUGGUGAGCGGAGGGCAAAAGUUGCUUGUGUUUACACCUUUCUUAAUGAGUUUUGGGGUUUAUAUUUUAUGAAAAUGUUGGUGUGGCUGGUCCUUGCACCUCUUCCACCAUGACCCAGCUCUGCCAGGGGGGUGUCUGCAUAUCUUGCUGAGUGCUGGCUUGCUUUGCUCUCCUAUCUGUGGUGGGAAAUCAGGCUCAGUAUUUAACUUCCUUUCUUUGGUUUGCAAUGACUGUGAAAUUUCCCGUCUCGGCAUUAUUGGUCUGUGACCCCAACUUGUUUCAGAAACAAAAUCUUGGUGCCAAGAGCCCCAAAGAGAUGAGUGACUCAUGCUUGAGUGCAAAGCACUGCUUAUAUCUGGGUGCUCAUCACCCAUCCUACCACAACAACCACUGUCUAUCCCAGCAGAAACAAUUAACCUUACCAAAACACACUCAUGUGUUACCUCUUCAGAGCCUUUACCAGUAAUAAACCAGAUUUAAUUCCCCAGCACUUACCAACAGCUCUUUCUUGACAAAUCAGAGUGGGUCAUCAAGAUGGGAGAGCAGGAUCCAGGGCAUUCAGCUGCAUAAGGAAGAGGAAGGGGUUACACCCCUGCAUGCAAUCCUCUGUGCUCCCAGCCCAGGCUGCAGGGCCAGUUUUCAUGCCAAGGAGACUCUGUGGGGCUGUGGUGGGUAAAAGCAGGUCUGAGUGUCUGAAAACACCAACUUAGUCCCAUUUGCAUUACUGCUUGAACAGCCAUAUCCAUCUGUUUGCCUGACUGUGGGCGCUCCGUAGCUUGGUUCUGUCUCUCCACAAAAUCCAGCCAGCAGGUAGGAUCUGUGUAAAGUAUUCCCUGUGUCUCCCUGUUAUUCAGGGGUUUGAAAUGGCUGGAAGACGUAUAUAUCACCUGUCUAUGCCUUAUAUACAAUAAUGCAAAAUGCACUGUGGUUACAAAUGAAAAGCUCUGAAACCUUC